AUGUUUAGGAAGCAAAACACUUAUGUUUCUAAAAUCUACGUAUGUCCUUCGAUAGACAUCCGCAAUAACCCAGAUCACAUGCAGAAGCUGCAGGACUGCCGAGUGAUUGAGGGUCACCUCAACAUAGUUCUUAUGGAGCGCGCCACGCCGCUAUCCUUCGCAAAUUACACAUUUCCGAAUCUACGCGAAGUCACCGGAUACAUAUUGAUAUAUAGAUUACGGGGCGUACGGAAUCUUGGUGAACUGUUUCCUAAUCUCGCCGUGAUACGAGGCCUGCAGCUGUUCAAGGACUAUGCCCUCGUCAUCUUUGAUAAUGAAGGUCUUGAGUCCUUGGGUCUUCGUUCUCUUACUCGGAUCGAGAGAGGAGCGGUCCGGAUUCAGAAUAAUGAUAGACUCUGCUACAUAAACACUAUUGAUUGGUCAAAAAUAGUGAUCGACGGAAGUAAUAAUAUUAUCAGGUCGAACUACGACACUCGCCUGUGUGGACUAUGCCCCAACGCACAAAGUCGGUUAGAAGACCAUAGACAGCAACACUUGCAAUGUCCUGCUGAUCCAUCGGGCCAUCUUCUCUGUUGGGAUGAAAAAUAUUGUCAAAGGAGAGAGUGCCCCAGCUCUUGUGGAGAGCGGGCUUGUACAGAAAAUGGAACCUGCUGUAACGUGACCUGUCUGGGCGGUUGUGAUGGACCCCAGCCAAGCGACUGUCACGUUUGUGCGAAUUUUUCUUUUCGUUAUGGUGCAGAACGAACCUGCGUAGAACGGUGUCCUGCAAACACCUAUCAGUUGGCGCGACGUUGCGUAUCAGAGGAAGAAUGCCGGUCUAUGCCAAUCCCACAAGCCAUGGAUGGUCGAAGCCAGCCAAAUAUCAAGGCAUACAAGAUAUUGGACAACAACAAAUGUGUUUACACGUGUCCCAGCGGGUAUAUGGAGACAGGGGAGCCGCACAAUUCACUAUGUAAGCCGUGUCCUGUCACUGGAUGUAAACAGGACUGCGAAGGAGGGAAAAUUGAUAGCGUCGCAUCAGCUGAGAAGUUUCGUGGCUGUACCCACAUCCGAGGUUUUCUGGAAAUCGCGUUACGGGCCAGUGGAGGUAAUACAAUGGCCGUAUUGGAAAACGCUCUUGGCGCGAUUCGUGAGAUUGACGGGCCGUUAAGAGUAGUGCGCUCUUAUCCACUCGUAUCGCUCAUGUUCCUCAAGAAUCUAGAACGAAUCGGCAGAAGUGUCACCGACAAGGGACAAAGCCUACACAUCUUCAACAACCCAAACCUUGAACUGCUAUGGGAUUGGAGCUCUGGCAAGAAAAUACAAAUAAUGUCAGGCCGACUUUUCGUACAUUUUAAUCCUAAGCUCUGCUAUAGCCAGAUAGAAAUGCUGAAGAAUAUGACGUUGAGCCCAAUGACAACCUUCACUGAUCUUGACGUUUCCAAAGACAACAACGGAGACCAGGCUUCUUGUUUCCAAGACUCGCUUCAUCUGAAGGUCCAUUCACUGGUGAAGCGUGUGGCGAUACUAACUUGGGACAUGUAUUGUUCGGAGGAUACUCGCAAAUUAAUCGGAUACUCUAUUUACUACAUACAAGCGGAACAUAAUGUCACAUUCUAUGGACAGAGAGACGCGUGUUCGGAUACCUGGAACGUUAUCGAUAUUACGAUUGACGAGGCCCGUAAUUCAACAAGACCGUUGCCGACUAACAAAAAGAAGUUAUUGGAAAACCCUUGUAAUGAUAUUCAGCCUCUCUUCCACCCAAUCACACCACUACAGCCGUUUACUCGAUACGCGGCCUACGUGAAAACGUACACGACAAGGGACAGGAAAGGCGCACAAAGUCCUAUCAUAUACUUUACUACUAUGCCGGGAAAUCCUAGCCCACCUCGUAGUGUGACAGUAGAGAAUCUUCGAGAGCACGAGACUAUUAUUAAAUGGCAGGCGCCGAUGAUGCCGAAUGGCACGAUCGAGUCGUACCGAAUAGAAGUACAGGCCAACGCGUACAACCAGCACAAGAUACUGACUGACAAUCUUAACUACUGUAGCAAUCCAACUGCAUUAGCCAAUAUGAUAGCGGUUCGCGGGGAGGAACCGGUCGAAAAGAAGGAGGACCGACUGACUGGUGACGUCAAGAGCGAGACAUGCGCGUGUAAAGAGGAAAACAAGCCCAUUGUGCGCUUCAACACCGAAGCCGAAGAAGAAAGAGUCGAGAGUAUCGACUUUGAAAAUGAACUGCAGAACCAUGUGUAUGUGAAGCAAGGAAGCCGCUCAAGUCAAUCCAGUCCGAGUCGCGUGCGCCGGUCCAUAGACACCUCCGUGAACAGCAUGCUAGUCAUCCUCAGCGAAAUUCACGAACCGCGUCUCGGAUACAACUACACCAACGAAACUGAUGGAGGCUACGUGAAGUCCCUAUACUAUGAGGUGGAUGGGAGUCAGCGGUCGAUAUUCGUGGAAAAUCUUCGCCACUUCACAUGGUAUACCGUCAACAUAUGGGCGUGUCGUAAGAAGCAUGACAACGAAACAGUCGAGGAUUACAAUGAGUCGUGGUGUUCAGAGCGGGCGUUCUACAAUUUCCGCACUUUAGAACAACUGAACGCCGAUAUCGUAAGCAAUGUGCGUGCUGAGAUGGUUAUGUCCAAUAAAACGCUUCCCGAAGUGAACGUGACGUGGACACCUCCAGACGAUCCUAAUGGCUUUGUCGUGGCCUACAACGUCUAUCAUUCCAGGGUCGCGGAUAAUAGCCCGGAACAAUUGGAUAUUGGAUUGACAAGCUGUAUCCGAUCUGAUGAUUACGAGAGAAAUGGGCGGAGCUUCGUCAUACGAGCCUUAGUGUCUGGGAACUACAGUAUACGCGUCACGCCACUUACUGUUAGUGGCGCUGGGAAUGUCUCUUCGGACGUAUACAUUUUUAUACCGGACGCACGUGCAGAUAGUAGUUACGACUGGGUAUGGGGGGUGGUGGGGGGUUGCGCUGUAGUGGUGUGUGCGGCCGCAUUGGGCACUUGGUACGCCCGUCGCGCUCUACACACGCAGGACAACAAUAAGCUGUUCGCGCGAGUCAACCCAGAGUACGUGUCGACCGUGUACGUGCCUGAUGAGUGGGAGGUGCCGCGAUCGAGUAUCGAAUGUAUACGCGAACUCGGACAGGGCUCUUUUGGAAUGGUAUAUGAAGGUAUCGCCAAAAACUUAGAAAAAGGCAAGCCGGAGACUCGGUGCGCUGUGAAAACUGUCAAUGAACAUGCCACUGACAGGGAGCGCAUCGAGUUCCUAAACGAGGCUUCAGUGAUGAAGGCGUUCGACACUUUCCACGUGGUGCGUCUCCUGGGCGUGGUCUCUCGAGGACAGCCGACUUUGGUUGUAAUGGAGCUGAUGGAGCAGGGAGACCUCAAGACGUACCUCCGCUCGCACAGGCCUGAUGCAGAUUCUUCUUUACCCAGGAAGGGACCCGCACCGAGCCCGCCAACUUUGCAGAAUAUACUGCAGAUGGCUAUAGAGAUAGCCGACGGUAUGGCUUAUCUAUCAGCCAAAAAGUUUGUGCACCGUGACCUAGCGGCGCGCAAUUGCAUGGUCGCCGGGGACCUCACUGUCAAAGUAGGGGACUUCGGAAUGACCAGAGACAUUUAUGAGACUGAUUAUUAUAGGAAGGGCACGAAGGGACUCUUGCCCGUUCGUUGGAUGAGCCCUGAAAGCUUAAAGGACGGGGUGUUCUCAAGUAACACGGAUGCUUGGAGUUAUGGUGUAGUUUUAUGGGAGAUGGCAACACUUGCUAUGCAGCCCUAUCAGGGUCUGUCGAACGAGCAAGUGGUCCGUUACGUGGUAGAAGGGGGGGUAAUGGAGCGUCCGGAGCACUGCCCCGACCGUCUGUACGAGCUGAUGAGAGCCUGUUGGGCCCACAGACCCACAGCGAGACCCAGCUUCCUCCAACUGGUGGCGGAACUGGCCCCCUCAGCCCAGCCCUACUUCCGGCAUAGGUCCUUCUAUCACACGCCGCAGGGACAGGAGAUGUACGCAAUGCAGAGGACUGCUGCAGAAGAUGAUACCGAGGUGCAGGAAAUGAACGUGGGCGCUGUAGCGAGCGGGUCCGGGUCGAACCUGUUCGGGGUGUCGGGGCGCCUGGCGUCGUGGGUGCGCGAGCUUUCGUCUCUGCGGUCGCGGACGUCGGACGAUGCGGCGGCGGAGCCCUUGCAGCCCCUUCAGCCGCCCAACGGCACUCUGCCCCGGCCUCCUCCCUGUUAG